AGCUAUGAAACUUGUAGAUUUCAUGAAGGUAUAUUCCUCAAUCUCAUGAAGCAUUUUUCCAGGUUUUCUUUACAUGAUAAGGUACUUGAGAUGUUCAAUGCAAUUCAGCCCAUUGUUCGUGAAAAACCUUCACUGAAAGCUAUUAGUACUUGUCUUAAUCUCCUGAUUGAAUCGAACCAGGUUGAUUUGGCUCGAGAUUUUCUGUUGAACUCGAAGAAAUCUCUCAGGUUGAGACCCAAUACCUGCAUUUUUAACAUCUUGGUUAAACAUCAUUGUAAUAAUGGAGACCUUGAAUCUGCGUUUGAAGUUGUAAAGGAGAUGAAAAAAUCUAAGGUUUCUUAUCCCAAUCUGAUUACUUACUCAACCUUGAUAGGUGGUCUCUGUGAAAGUAGACGACUUAAAGAAGCCAUCGAAUUGUUUGAGGAAAUAGUUGGUAAGGAUCAGAUAUUGCCUGAUGCUUUAACCUAUAAUUUGUUAAUUAAUGGCUUCUGUCGUGAAGGAAAAGUCGAUCGGGCGAGAAAGAUAAUAGAGUUUAUGAAAAACAAUGGAUGCAGCCCUAAUUUAUUCAACUACUCUGCUUUGAUGAAUGGCUUAUGCAAGGAGGGAAGUUGGGAAGAAGCCAAACAACUUUUUGUUGAGAUGAAGAGCACAGGUCUGAAACCUGAUACAAUUGUUUAUACUACAUUGAUGAAUUGCCUUUGUAGGGCUAGUAGAAUCGAUGAGGCGAUGCCAUUGCUUAAGGAAAUGAAGGAAAACAAAUGUGAAGCCGAUGUUGUUACUUUAAAUGUAUUACUUGGUGGGUUAUGCAGAGAAAGUAGGUUCCAUGAGGCGCUUCAGAUGCUCGAGAAGCUGCCAUACGAAGGUGUUUACUUGAACAAAGCAAGUUACAGAAUUGUAUUGAAUGCAUUAUGGCAGAAAGAUGAAAUGGAAAAGGCAGCGAAGCUGUUGGGUCUGAUGUUGGAUAGGGGGGUUUUUCCACAUUAUGCAACAUCGAAUGAGGUGUUGAUUCAGCUUUGUAAAGCUGGAAUGUUAGAUGAUGCAGUUACAGCAUUGUUUGGAUUGGCUGAAACGGGGUUUAAACCAGAACCACAUUGUUGGGAGUUUCUGAUUGAAAUGAACUGCAAAGAUAGGAAAUUGCUGCCUGUUUUUGAACUACUUGAUGAGUUAGUAAUAAAAGAAUGUACUCAUAAUCUUCAUGUUGGUGCUACUUUUGCUUAGCCUCCUAUGCAUGUAAAACUAUCAUUGUUUAGCAUUUGAUUUAAUGAUACGUCCAUGUAUUUUCUCGGUGAUACUUAAAUAUUACCGAAUUAUAAUUUUUUUUUAUUUUUGUCUAAAAUUCAGAGUACAAUAUAUUGAAGCUGCCCCCGUCUGAAUCGUGUUGCAGUUAAUUGGAUUUUUAAGACUUCUUUUAAAAGGGAAUCCUACUUUUUGUCACUCACCAAUUGGUUUCGUAGCCCAUUUAAAGUUAAGCCCAUGAAGAACCCAAUCUACAUAAUGGCCUUAUAUAUCAGAUCUCUGGAGUUCGGAGUUGAGAUUUUUCGGAAUCUGUGAGAGAGCGAGAGUGCAAUGGCCUCCUCUUCCAAGAAACCCAAAGAAGAGAACAAGAACAAGAAGAAGCAUAAGGAGAAGAGCAACAGAACCGCUGACAAAGACGCAAAAAAAUCCAUGAAAAAACCAGAGAAGAAAGGAAGUGCCUCCAAAAUACCUACCAAAUCAAAGCCAAAGCCCGAAUUAAAGCCAGACAAAAGCAAAAACAAGAGCAGCAAUGGAAUCCCAGUCAAGUCCCAGGUUAUUACCGACCCAUCUUCAAGCUCUGAAUCAGAACCCCAAGAAAACAGAAACAACUACCACAAGAACGUUAAACUCAACAGCAAAAGAAAGCGAAAGGAAGAAGUAGACGAGGAAGAAGAAGAAGCAAAGGUGUGUAGAUUUCCAAUGAACAGAAUCAAGAGGAUAAUCAAGACUGAAGAUUCACAUAUGGCUGUUUCUCAAGAUGUUGUUUUUCUUGUUAACAAAGCCGCGGAAUUGUUUCUUGAAAAGUUCUGCGAAGAUGGAUACAAAUGCUCCAUUAAAGAUCGCAAGAAAUCACUUAGUUACAAGCACCUAUCAACAGUUGUCCAUGAACAGAAGAGAUAUGACUUUCUAUCAGAUUAUGUCCCUCAGAAAAUAAAAGCUGAGGAUGCAUUAAAAGUGAUGAAUUUAGCCGAGACAGGGGAGGGAUAGGAGCUUGGAUGAUCAAGGCACUGGCCUGCUUUUAAGCAAACUAGGACAUCAUUGGCUUGUUUAUGGUUCUAAGUUGGAAGAAGAUAUUGGUGCUGUACUGUAACUUGUUUCGGUAACACGGGAUUUGAUCUCUGAGCUCGCCUGCAUGCCAAUGUUUCGCUAACAUGAAUUACUGCAUGUCCGUACUUUUUUGAGAUGGUGAAAUGAAAAUGAUGAAGAUAUGAUAGGUUAGUCAUAAA